ACAGAAUGCAGACUGAAAAACCCUACCAUUUUCUUCUUCUUCCACAAACGCCGCUCGUUCAUUGCCUCGAGCAAUUUCAGCAUCUAGGGUUUUGUCAGUAGCUCCAGUACUCUAUUUCGGUAUCUCAAGUGGGUGAAUUUUUACAUUGGAUUUGCUGGUUAUGCUUUUAAUUUUGAUGAUCAUGUAAAAAAUAACGAAUUGGAGAAUGAGUCGUGGUGGCGCAGUGGCUCCCAAGGGGAAGAAGAAGAAUGUAUCCUUCAUCAUCGACUGUUCGAAGCCUGUGGAGGACAAGAUAAUGGACAUUGCUUCCCUCGAGAAGUUUCUUCAGGAGAGGAUCAAGGUCGGGGGAAAGGCCGGUGCACUCGGUGAUACCGUCGCCGUCAUUCGUGACAAGAGCAAGAUUACUGUCAAUUCUGACAGCCAGUUCUCCAAGAGGUAUCUCAAGUACUUGACAAAGAAGUACCUGAAGAAGCACAAUGUGAGGGAUUGGCUUCGAGUUAUUGCAUCGAACAAGGACCGCAGCGUCUACGAGUUGAGGUACUUUAACAUUGCAGAGAACGAAGGAGAAGAGGAAGAUUGAAAGAGAAAGCCCGCCCUUGAACCAUUGUUCUUGGCGUGUUUUUGAUCUGUGAUCUGUAGCUGUCUUCUUGCUUUUAGCUUUUGUUUGUGUUGGAAUCUUCCUUGAGCUGCUUGUAAUGGAUUUGGUCCUUCGAAAUUACCAAUCUAUCUAUAUAUAUUAUACUAAAGUUCAAUAA